AUGAGAACAGCCGGCCGCCGAGCUCCGGUCCCUCCCCGGGUGACCUUGGCCACGCGGGCCCUCGUCUGCGAGCCCCCCUCGUCCUUACCACUUCGAGGUGGCAGCGGGGAGCCCCGCCGUCCCCCGCCCCGGGGGGGAAGGGGCCGGGUGCUGGAGGUGGGCUUCGGCAUGGCCAUCGCAGCCUCCAAGGUGCAGGAGGCCCCCAUCGAAGAGCACUGGAUCAUCGAGUGCAACGAGGAGGUCUUCCAGCGGCUCCAGGAUUGGGCUCAGGAGCAGCCACACAAGGUCGUCCCCUUGAAAGGCAUGUGGGAGGAUGUGGCACCUACCCUGCCAAACGGUCACUUUGAUGGGAUCCUGUACGACACAUACCCACUGUCGGAGGACACGUGGCACACACACCAGUUCAACUUCAUCAAGGACCACGCCUUUCGCCUGCUGAAGCCCGGGGGUGUCCUCACCUACUGCAACCUCACCUCCUGGGGGGAGCUGAUGAAGUCCAAGUACUCGGACAUCACCACCAUGUUCAAGGAGACGCAGGUGCCAGCGCUGCUGGAAGCAGGCUUCAAGCGGGAGAACAUCCGCACAGAGGUGAUGGCGCUGGUGCCCCCGGCCGACUGCCGCUACUACGCCUUCCCGCAGAUGAUCACGCCCCUGGUCACCAAGCACUGAGCCCCAGCUCUGGCCCUCCGUGUAUCCGGCUUCCAGACAGCCCUCUCGGUCGCCCCUGCUCAGUGCCUUCCUUUGUGGCUGGAGCACAGGUUUUUGCCUCUCUCAGCCCAGGGUGACCCCAGCUGUGACAUCGGCAGCUCUACUAACCUCGGCAACACUGCUGUCUUGGAACUACGACCUCUCUGCCAGGGUCGCUGAGGGCGUAGCCAGCGCUAACAUGGGCUGGGCCAGUCGGAUUGCAUGUGAGGCUCUGGCUUCUAGUUACCCUCCCUCAACAAAUAAUUAAAAUAAAAAGAGAUGUCAGAGGGACCUGGGGAGAAGAUG